AGCUGGGAAGGAGCUGUGUGGUAGUCCAAAGCUUUUUGAAAAAGCCUCGUUAAUGGUUUUCCUAAAACGCAACACCUUUACCUCUUCUCACUGUUAGAACUAUAAAACCAAUCAGCCCUCAGUUGAAGAGUAACAAUCAUCAACUACAAACCUUUGUUGGAAAAUGGAGACAGAGACAGAGAUAAUGGCGGUGGAGAAGAGGGAGAUGAUCAACAAUGUGUUGUGCCUUUUGACGGACCCAGAUGGAACUCCUUUGGGUGCUCCUAUGUACCUUCCUCAAAACGCUACUCCUCAACACCUUAACCAGAUUGUCAAUAAGCUUCGAAACAACGAAGAGAAAUUACCGUAUGCUUUCUAUAUAUCAGACGAGGAGCUCCUUGUGGCACUAGAAACGUACUUGCAGAAAAACAAAGUCUCAGUGGAGAAGGCAUUGCCUAUAGUUUGUCAACCUCAAGCUAUAUUCAGGAUUCGUCCUGUGAAUCGCUGUUCAGCAACUAUUUCUGGUCAUGCAGAAGCUGUACUUACCGUUGCUUUCAGUCCUGAUGGGCGACAACUGGCCAGUGGUUCUGGCGAUACCACUGUUCGGUUUUGGGACUUGAACACUCAAACACCAUUGUUCACUUGCACAGGACACAAGAACUGGGUCCUUUGUAUUGCAUGGUCACCAGAUGGAAAACAUCUUGUAAGUGGGAGCAAGGCUGGAGAACUUCAUUGUUGGGACCCGCAAACGGGAAAGUCAUUAGGCAAUCCAUUAAUUGGCCAUAAAAAAUGGAUUACUGGUAUCUCAUGGGAACCUGUCCACUUAAAUGCUCCAUGCCGCCGCUUUGUAAGUGCCAGCAAAGAUGGGGAUGCUCGUAUAUGGGAUAUCUCUUUAAAGAAAUGUCUUAUGUGUCUCAGUGGCCACACACUUGCUAUAACUUGUGUAAAAUGGGGUGGAGAUGGUGUAAUUUAUACUGGCUCGCAGGAUUGUACAAUCAAAGUAUGGGAAACUACACAAGGGAAGCUAAUUCGUGAGCUGAAGGGCCAUGGGCAUUGGGUUAAUUCUUUGGCAUUGAGCACUGAGUAUGUUCUUCGCACUGGAGCUUUUGAUCAUACUGGAAAACAAUAUUCAUCUCCGAACGAAAUGAAGAAGGUUGCUCUUGAAAGGUACCAAGCAAUGAGAGGCAAUGCCCCUGAAAGAUUGGUCUCUGGAUCUGAUGAUUUUACCAUGUUCCUUUGGGAACCUUUUAUCAGCAAGCACCCGAAAACACGCAUGACAGGUCAUCAGCAGCUUGUGAACCAUGUCUAUUUUUCACCUGAUGGGCAAUGGGUGGCAAGUGCAUCUUUUGAUAAAUCUGUGAAGUUAUGGAAUGGCACCACUGGGAAGUUCGUUGCUGCCUUUCGAGGCCAUGUUGGGCCUGUUUACCAGAUAAGCUGGUCUGCAGAUAGUAGACUUCUUUUAAGUGGCAGCAAAGAUUCAACACUUAAGGUUUGGGAUAUCCGGACACGUAAGUUGAAGCAAGAUCUUCCAGGCCAUGCUGAUGAAGUUUUUUCUGUUGAUUGGAGUCCAGAUGGAGAGAAGGUGGCCUCUGGUGGCAAGGAUAAAGUCUUGAAGUUGUGGAUGGGCUAGGCUAAGUUUUGGAUGAAUAGUGGGUAUCUACAGUCGGUGUAUCUCAAUGGUUGGGAUGCAAGAUCCUCUUUAAAUUACAUAGACAACCUAUAAGAUGUGUAUCAGAACUGUACUCUAGAUAGCCAUUUAGAAUAUAGGCACUGGAAGAAGUUGCUCAAAUUGUGUCUCAGAAAAGUGGUAAAGAAGCGGAUGGGUGCCUAUCAUAUACUUGAAGGUAUAUAUAUAUACCAAUGUUUUGUUGUCUGCUCCGACGUCUGUUUUUUCUGGGUCUCCCCUCUCAUUAUGAUCGUAGGCGCAUUGUUUGUCAAUUACAUGGUUGUCAUUUUUUUUUUCCUUUUGGUCAAUAAUGGCUAUCAUUGAUUGAACAGUAAUAGGGUUCAUUUGUAUGAACUCAGAAUUUUGGCAGUUUGACACCUGAUAAAAGUAGGGACUGAAUGUGCAAAAGGGCUAGCCAGAGGAUGGCUCUCUGUUGGCCAUGACACUUCCAGUGUUUGAACAGAGUAUUAUAAGGAUUGAGAUAUUUAGAUAAAGAAAAUUAAAUUGCAUCAUCAAUUUAAUUGUUUUCAUUUU